CUUCCUCCUGUCUCCUGCCUGUUCUUGCAUCAUUCUCCAUCAACCCCUAGCUUAAGCGGUGGGCGUAUAAACCAAACGUGCGCACUAACCCCAUUCUACACAUAAAAAAUCCCAAUCCCAAUCUCCCUCAAUUGCAAUCUCUCCUUCAACGCCAGCAGCUUCCGCAUCAGAAGCAGCGGCGGCUGCAGCAGCAGCAGAGAAGAAAAUGCCAGAAAUCCAAACAGACGUCGAAGACGACGACGACGCUUUCGGAGACUUCAAAUUCAUCUCCUCCCCUUCUCUCCCUCACCACGCAAAUCCAAUCCCCGCUGAAGAUGAUGAAUGGGGCGAUUUCGUCGAAAACCCGCUACAAUUCCACUUCCAAACCCCACCAAAUCCCCACCCUUUCGGUCUCUUCUCCGGUCUCCAGAUUCCCAUAACCGAUCCACCCCCAACGACUCCUUACCAAUCGCACCUGGGCGGUCCCCAAUUGUCAGCGGAUUUGGCUGUGGAGAAGCGGUGGGAGAAGCCACGAGGAGCUCUUCCGCUGUCGAUUUUCGGUGAAGAAGAGGAGGAAGAGUCCAAUACGGUCGAUCUUUCGUUUGACGCCCGGGAUGAGUUUCCAUUGAAAUGUGACCCAGGCACGAAGAAUGGGGCGGGUUCCGGCCCAGGCGUUGGCCUCAAUGAUCUUAUAUUGAAUUUGUACGGCCGGGAUGAGCAGAUAAAAACUGAAAAUGGGGCUUUGGGGAAUUCCGAUUUGGUGGAUGAGAGUGCUGAUUUUGAUGAGAAUUGCUGGGAAUUCAAGGAGGCGAACUCAGAAUUUGAAGGCGAAGACGGCAGUUUGAUGGAAGAGCAGAAGGAUUCUGAGGUUUUGGGGGUUGAAGCAAAAGCCACCAGAACUGUCCAAGAAAUCGAGGAUCUGAUAAGUUCGAGUUUGAAGGUUGGAAUUCGAAAUGGGGUCAGAAACGAGAAUGGGUUGCAUACCAACUCUGUUAACAGGAACGUCAGUUCUUUUGAGAAUUUUUGGGUACAUAACGACGAGUUUUCAGAAGCUGGAGUUGUAGAUUUCUUUUCCGAACAAAAGAAGGAACAGAAAGUUUCUGAUCUUUUGGGGGCUGAAGCAAAAGUUUGCACAUCCACCACUGAAAUUCAGUUGCAGGGCAUUGAAGAAAUGUUGGAGCAUAGUCAAGGAACCACACUUUCAUAUACUUUUAGCAAUGGAAAACCGGAUUAUGGUGAAAUGUUUGACGCCCAAGGGGGGUUUUUUCACGGACUCACCACCUCUGUUAGCAACGGCUUCAAUGGUGUCAAUUCUGGUUGGAGCAGUGCUGUUAGUGAUCUUAUUUCAGAUCUGUACAGUCAAGCUGAGCAGAUAUCCACUGUAAAUUCUACUCGUCAACCCACUGCAAAUGAAUUUAGUUCAACUCAGUUGGGCCUGAAUUCAGAUUUAGUAAAUGGUGAUGAUGAUUUGGAUGAAAAUGACUGGGAAUUCAAGGAUGCCUUCUCAGAAGGCACAGUUGGAAAUGGGGAUCCUGGCUUUGAGACUGUAGAUGCACAUCAAAACUUUUCUGCUGAACUAAAGCUAAAGAAUUUUGUAGGUUUCUACUCUAGAUUGAAAGACGAAGCACGAUUUUUCAUACUUGACCAUCUUGAUGAUCUCAAGAAAGCCAAGAAGGAUGCUGCUCUUUCUGGUGAUGAAAUAAAGGUUAUGGCCUUUGAUGAGGAAAUUCAGGCAGCUUAUGAGAAAGUGCGUGUGGACAAUUCAUUCUCUGGAAAAGUUCAUCCAGAGGAGCAUCCACCAAGAAAUAUUUGUGUCCUUGAAUUGCUUGAAGUUGUGCAGGACCCGAGUCUCCGAGGCCUGGAGACAGAAUAUCACUUAUCGAAAAGAAUAUCAUUAGCGGAGAGGGAUUUGAGCUCAGCUGUUGGGCUACUUGAGCAUGCUAUGUCAGUGCUACAAAUCUUGACUUUGGCAUCUGAGGAAGAACAAGCCACUUAUAUUAGCGCCUGGUUGAAAAUGGUUUCAGCCUGUGCUCAAGAGCUGCAACGUGGUUCUAUGAUUUGGAAGCAAUCACUCCAGAAGAAUUUCCAUGUUCAAGUGUUAUCUAAAGCUCAAGGCUUGAAUUAUUUUCUUGCCCUUGGAGAAAUAUAUAGAGUGUCACUAGUUUUGAGAGCCUCGGUGGCACUUUACAAGCCUUGGAUACUAUUGAAGUCCAGGGACUCAACAGACAUAUUUGCUUUCUUCGAGGAUUGCAAAACUUCAUGGAUAGAUUCCGGACUGAAAGAAUCUCUUAAAAGAAUAUCAGAUUCAGCAGAUCUCGAGUAUGCAGGGACGAUCAAAGCUCUACUCGAGUCCAUCAAAUAUACACAUGAUCUAGAUGAAGUUUCUCUAUAUCACCAUGCUUUUGAUCAGGGGGAACCCAUUUGUAGACUGUCAUUGUUACCAUCAGGACUGAUACAAGACAUGAAGGUGGUGCUUUGGAAUGGGGAGCAUUACUUUCUCAAGCUUGCAAACUUGUGGGGCAAUCGAGUAUCUUGCGAUCCUCCACGAUUGCCGCACAUACAUGUGUACUAAUGAGGAAAAGACCACGAAGACAUGGAAGUCAGCAUUUGUAUGCUUAUGGGUGCCACCCUAUAAGUGAUUCAAUUGAUUUCCUUCGAGAAGCACGGUCCAUUGCCACAAAACUUGGAAGGAAAUUGACCAAUUGAGAUAGAGAUCCCACCCCAAAAGAAGAAGCUGGUCAAACCCCAGACAACCAGAGGGGGACCACUAUCAUUCAGAGUCUUUGCUAGGUGUCAGAUGCAUAUAUACUGGAGGCCCUUAAUAUAAGAGGUGGUUUUCUACCUCAGAGCAGGUCCAGUCGGAUGAGGUACCCAAUUCAUUCUGCAUUCUUUUUUGGAAAGCUGUAGCAUAAAAUAUUUGAUUGUAAAAGUGUGGUGUAUUUGUUCAGUUGGUUUGAUCAAGGUGGAAUGCAUAAAGGGAACAUCUACAAGGUUUGGCAUUCAACAGUUAAGGGGAUGUAUGCAUAGUCAUUGAAAACAGAAAUUGCCCAAAGGCAUAAAUAUGAUUGGGCUUUGUAAUGCCCCAGGGAUUGCAUCA